UUCAAUUUCAAGGCUGUUUUCGGUACAUGUGGGAAAUUUGAGUGAAUUAGGCCACUGCCAGUAAUUGGGCAGUUUAGUUAUGAUCGUGUAGGGAGUAUUAAUACUCGUUCCAUAAACUGUGGGUCCAGCUUACGGCGUGUGAAGAUUCCCACCAUGAAACUGUCCUCAGUUCUUCGGUACAACAAUGUGUGCAGUUGUAGAUGGCAGACAAAACUUGUAAUGUGUCUGCAACUUAUAUGCUACUUUAUAUCCUAUUUCCCCAACAUGAAUUCAUAUUUCUGUAUGAUAGGAGGAUACCUGCUCCCACCAUAUUUUAGGUUAUGGACACUUCUCACCUUCUCUUUUUACAACUACUCGUUUAUAUUCAUGCUCUUGGAUAUUUUGACCGUGUUCCUCAUGGAUAAGCUGUUGUCGAGUCCCUAUAAUUGGAUCGAGCUACUUCGAUUCAGUGUGCUAGUUAACAUUUCAUCUUCUGUCUGUAUCACUUCCCUGCUACUUUUUGUUUCACUUAUUAUGUUUGAUAAGGAUAUUUUGUUUUCGUAUCCUAUAUGCGGUCUCAUCGGACUUUUAGGGGAGUCACUGUAAUAGGUCGUCAGAUGAUGUCUGAUAAAUUGUUAGUCGAUUUUCCGCUUGGUAAAAUACGCUAUAAGCACAUACCAUUUAUAUGCACUUUGUUUUUCACAGUCUUAUUCUGCACAGGUCUGUGCGGAGGUGUUUCUCUCUCUCUCUUUGUGACUGGAAUCCUUAUUGCGUGGACAUACUUACGCUUCUUUCAAAGGCACAGCAGUGGCAUGCACGGUGAUGUGAACGAUAGUUUCACCUUUGCUGGAUUUUUUCCAAAUCAUCUGGGUCCACCCGUUUCGGUGUUGUCUGGUGCAGUCUUCAACGUGUUGGUUCGACUUCGAAUGUGUAAGCCGCCUACGAGACAACUCUCUGUUCCCCCUUCUGUUGUUUCAUUUAUAGUGGAUAUUCAUGACACAGCCCAUUCCGUCAGCAGGGAUACUCCUACUUCACAUGUUGGGAACACUUGUAACAGUCAGUUUGUAUCAAAAUCUAUUCCAUCUGUCUCUUCAUUUCCAAGUUAUGCAAGGGAUGAAUGUAUUCGAUCUAUGCAGACUAACGGUACACCACUUCCACCCAUUCCACCUCCAAUCUCUGUAUCCAUUGACGCUUUAUCAUCAUGAUACUGCAUAUCAUUUUUGUUGUUUUUAUGCGAAUAAUUCCAUUUCAUCUUGUGAUAUGUAAAUGUUUUACAAGAGGAUAUAUUUGUUUGUCAACUUUUGGUAUUCAUCAUCUUUAUGUAUCGUUUAGUGGGGAACAGAAUAAUCUUCUUAGUCUUAGGUAAUAUAUACAUAUCCAUGCAGUAAUUUUUUACAAGUAACUGUUAUCAUCUAUUCUUUUUUCCUUUUAAACUUUGAGGUGCGCCAUCCAUGCAUAACCACCUCAUCUUUAUAUUUUAUGUGUAAAUUUUUUGAUGGCUGUGAACUGUUUACUUAAGAAUGCAAAUUAGUUUAUAUUGAUGACGUAUUUGAUUUAUAAUUGAGUAAAGCAUAUAGUCUU